UUUACGCACAGAACUGUCUAUUUCGCUAGGCUCCUUUCUGUUUACAGGUCACAGAAAUACAAGGCGUUUGACAUUGAACAAGCAAACCCUAGAGUUUUGGUGCGGAUUCUCAGACUUAUAUGGCGAUUCUUGACCCUCCAUCGUCGUCGAUUUGUGGAUUGAUCGGGUUGUAAGCUCGUUCAUGUUUUAGCCGAUAGUACGAAUCGGCUCGAUUCGUCACCAUGUUCGAGGCUCACGUUCUGCAUUUGCUUCGAAGGUACUUGGGUGAAUAUGUCCAUGGGCUCUCAGUUGAGGCUUUAAGAAUCAGUGUCUGGAAAGGUGAUGUUGUUCUCAAGGAUUUGAAAUUGAAGGCGGAGGCUCUAAAUUCACUAAAACUUCCAGUCACUGUGAAAGCUGGUUUUGUUGGUACCAUAACAUUAAAGGUUCCCUGGAAAAGUUUGGGCAAAGAACCUGUGAUAGUUCUCAUUGAUCGUAUCUUUGUUCUUGCUCAUCCUGCUUCUGAUGGUCGGACUCUCAAUGAGGAGGACAGGGAAAAACUUUUUGAAGCAAAACUUCAACAAAUUGAGGAAGCAGAGUCAGCAACCCUGGAAGCAAUAUCAAGGUCAAAGCUAGGAAGUCCACCUCCUGGGAAUUCAUGGCUAGGUUCUCUAAUUGCUACCAUCAUUGGAAAUCUUAAGAUAUCAAUUAGCAAUGUACAUAUUAGAUAUGAGGAUUCUGUCAGUAAUCCAGGACGGCCAUUUUCCUCAGGCGUUACUUUGGCCAAACUUGCUGCUGUUACGAUGGAUGAGCAGGGAAAUGAAACCUUUGACACUAGUGGUGCUCUGGAUAAAUUGCGGAAGUCAUUGCAGCUUGAGAGACUUGCCAUGUAUCACGAUUCUAGUAGCCUUCCUUGGGAGAUAGAUAAUAGAUGGGAGGAUCUCAGUCCGAAAGAAUGGAUUGAGAUAUUUGAAGAUGGUAUAAACAAACCUGCUGCUGACCAUGGAAUGGUGUCUAAGUGGGCUAUGAAUCGCAACUAUUUGGUGUCACCUAUCGAUGGAGUCUUGAAAUAUCAUCGCCUUGGGAAUCAAGAAAGAAAUGAUCCAGAGGUUCCAUUCGAGAAGGCCUCUCUUGACCUAAGUGACGUCUCCUUAACAAUUACAGAGGCACAGUAUCAUGAUUGGAUAAAACUGUUGGAGGUUGUGUCAAGAUACAAGACAUAUGUUGAAGUUUCUCACUUGAGACCAGUGCUGCCAGUUUCAGAUGCUCCUUAUCUAUGGUGGCGGUAUGCUGCUCAAGCAGGCCUGCAGCAGAAGCAAAUGUGUUAUCGAUUCUCCUGGGACAGAAUUCAGCAUCUCUGUCAUCUUCGUCGGCGUUACGUUCAGUUGUAUGCUGUUUCACUGCAACAUACGUCAAGUGUUAAUAGUAAAGAAAUUGGAGAAAUUAGAGAAAUUGAGAAAGAUCUUGAUUCCAAAGUAAUUCUUUUAUGGAGGUUACUUGCACAUGCCAAGGUUGAAUCUGCGAAAUUGAAGGAGGCAGCUGAGCAGAGGAGGCUUAAAAGGAGAAGCUGGCUUUCAUUUAGAUGGCGUGCACACUCUGGGGAUGAAUCUGUUGGGGAUGCUUCUGAGGAAUCACAGUUAACAGAGGAAAGACUGACUAAAGAGGAAUGGCAGGCAAUCAAUAAUUUACUGAGUCAUCAGCCAAAUGAUGAGUUGAUGUCACAUUCAGUAAAGGACAUGCAGAAUAUGAUCCAUUAUUUGGUAACUUUAUCAAUUGGCCAGGCUGCUGCUAGGAUCAUUGAUAUAAAUCAGACAGAGAUUGUUUGUGGUAGAUUUGAACAACUUCAUGUGUCUACCAAGUUUAAACAUCGCAGUACCCAGUGUGAUGUGUUACUGAGAUUCUAUGGUUUAUCAGGCCCUGAAGGUUCACUUGCACAGAGUGUCUGUAAUGAGCAGAAAGUGAAUGCCUUAGCUGCUAGUUUUGUACACUCACCGGUUGAGGAGAAUGUCGACUGGAGGCUUUCAGCUACAAUUUCUCCCUGCCAUGUUACGGUUUUCAUGAAAAGUUGUGCUCGCUUUUUAGAGUUUUUGAAGAGAAGUAAUGCAGUUAGUCCUACUGUUGCAUUCGAAACUGCAGCUGCUUUGCAGAUGAAGAUUGAGAAGGUGACUCGUAGAGCACAGGAGCAAUUUCAAAUGGUAUUAGAAGAACAGAGCAGGUUUGCACUUGAUAUUGAUUUUGAUGCCCCAAAAGUUAGAAUACCUAUCAGAACUUUUGGCUCUUCCAAAUGUGAUAGCCAUUUUCUUUUGGAUUUUGGUCAUUUCACGGUGAACACCACUGAACGUCGGUCGGACGAACCCAGGCAGAAUCUGUAUUCUCGUUUUCUCAUAUCUGGAAGAGAUAUUGCUGCUUUCUUUACUGAUUGUGGUUCUGAAUGUCAGAAUUGCACUUUAGUCUCACAAAAAUACAGUAGUCAGCAACUUGUAUCUUCUAUGCCAGAAACAAAUGACAAUUUCUGUCCUUUGGUUGAUAGGUGUGGAAUAGCAGUACUUGUUGAUCAGAUUAAAGUACCUCACCCGAGUUACCCAUCAACAUGCAUUUCUAUUCAAGUGCCAAACCUUGGCAUUCACUUUUCACCUGCGAGGUAUGGCAGACUCAUGGAAUUGCUAAACAUAUUAUAUGGUACAAUGGAAACCUGUGGUCAACCUACUGUUGAUAAUUUCCAAGCUGAACUUGCUCCUUGGAGUCCUACAGAUCUUGCUACUGAUGCUAGAAUCUUAGUUUGGAAGGGGAUUGGCAAUUCUGUGGCAACUUGGCAGCCAUGUUUUCUUGCGUUGUCAGGGUUAUAUCUUUAUGUUUUGGAGUCGGAAAAGUCCCUGAGCUACCAGCGGAGCACAAGCAUGGCUGGCAGACAAGUGUAUGAGGUUCCUCCAACAAAUAUUGGUGGUUCACCAUUUUGUCUUGCAGUGAGUUUCCGGGGGAUGGAUAUUCAGAAAGCUUUGGAAUCUUCUAGUACAUGGGUUGUAGAGUUUCAUGAUGAGGAAGAAAAGGUCACUUGGUUAAAAGGACUUAUACAGGCCACAUAUCAAGCAUCUGCACCUCCAGCAGUUAAUGUACUUGGUGAAAGAAGUGAUUGUCGAGCUGAGUUAGGUGAACGUCCCACAAGUUUGAAAACAGCCGACCUUGUUAUUAAUGGGGCAUUGGUGGAAACAAAGCUAUUUAUAUAUGGAAAGAUCGGAGAUGAUGUUGAUGAGAAACUUGAUGAGACUCUAAUUCUUGAGGUUCUUGCUGGUGGGGGAAAGACGUUCGGUUUUGACUUACCAUUUAGCUAUUUCUCUUUGGAAAAACUUCUUGUUAAAUCGUAUACAGUUACAGCUGGUAAAGGUCGUGUGGUAUUUUUCUUAGGUAUGAAUGUUGACAGUGUUUCCGUGUAUCUUAACAAGGAGGAUGGUUCCCAGCUUGCCAUGUUUGUACAAGAAAGUUUCCUGCUGGAUAUUAAGGUCCACCCAAGUUCUCUUUCCAUUGAAGGCACAUUAGGAAAUCUUAGACUCAGUGAUAUGUCUCUCGGAACAGAUCACGGUUGGGGUUGGCUUUGUGAUAUACGUAAUCCGGGGGUUGAAUCUCUUAUUAAGUUCAAAUUCAAUUCUUAUAGUGUUGAAGAUGAUGAUUAUGAAGGAUAUGAUUACAGCUUGUGUGGCCGACUUUCUGCUGUUCGCAUUGUUUUCCUCUAUAGGUUUGUUCAGGAGAUAACAGCGUACUUUAUGGAACUUGCUACCCCACAUACUGAGGAAGCUAUCAAACUUGUUGAUAAAGUUGGAGACUUUGAGUGGUUGAUUCAGAAAUACGAGAUUGAUGGAGCUGCUUCUUUAAAGCUGGACCUUUCACUGGAUACACCAAUGAUCAUCAUUCCGAGAAAUUCAAUGAGCAAAGAUUUCAUUCAACUUGAUCUGGGCCAGCUUCAGGUGACAAAUGAAUUUAGUUGGCAUGGCAGCCCAGAGAAAGAUCCUUCGGCUGUCCAUAUUGAUGUUUUACACGCUGAGAUUAUGGGGAUCAACAUGUCUGUAGGGAUUGAUGGGUUUGUAGGUAAACCUAUGAUUAGGGAAGGCCAAGGAUUUGAUGUUUAUGUGCGCAGAAGUUUGAGAGACGUGUUUCGAAAAGUCCCAACAUUUUCUCUAGAAGUGAAGGUGGGUUUAUUGCAUGGUGUGAUGUCUGACAAAGAAUACAAAGUUAUUCUGGAUUGUGGAUACAUGAACUUAUGUGAGGAACCUAGGCUUCCUCCGAGUUUUCGAGGCUGCAAAUCUGGUUCGAAAGAUACAAUGAAGAUGCUGGUUGACAAGGUCAACAUGAACAGUCAAAUGCUACUCUCACGUACGGUUACCAUAGUGGCGGUUAUAGUCGACCAUGCCUUGUUAGAGUUGUGUAACGGCAUUGAGGAGGAGUCACCCUUAGCUCGUAUUGCAGUAGAAGGUCUUUGGGUGUCAUAUCGGAUGACGUCGUUUUCUGAAACAGACCUCUAUGUGACCAUUCCUAAAUUUUCCAUUCUAGAUAUUCGCCCUGAUAUAAAACCUGAGAUGCGCCUGAUGCUUGGCUCAUCUACGGAUGCUUCCAAACAAGCUUCUCCUGGAAGUUUCCCGUUUUUCUCAAAUAAGGGAAGCUUUGGGAGAACAAACUCAGAAGCCGUUGUUGACAUUGAUGUGCCAAUUUCAACAAUGUUCUUGAUGGACUAUAGAUGGCGAGUGUCAUCCCAGUCAUUUGUGGUUCGGGUUCAGCAGCCUCGAGUUCUUGUCGUACCUGAUUUCCUUCUUGCUGUGGGUGAGUUUUUUGUUCCAGCUUUGGGAACAAUAACUGGAAGGGAUGAAACAAUGGAUCCUACAAAUGAUCCCAUAAGUAGUAAAAAUAGCAUUGUACUCUCUGAAUCCAUUUACAAACAGAGUGAAGAUGUGGUGCAUCUGUCCCCAAGUAGGCAAUUAGUUGCAGAUUCUCUUGGCAUUGAUGAAUAUAUAUAUGAUGGUUGCGGAAAGAUUAUCUGUUUAAGCGAAAAAACAGAUGUAAAGGAAUUCCAGUCAUUCAGAUACCGACCAAUUAUAAUUAUUGGGCGUGGUAAGAGGUUGCGGUUUGUUAAUGUCAAAAUUGAGAAUGGUUCUCUUUUGAGGAAGUAUGCAUACUUGAGCAAUGAUAGCAGCUACUCAGUCUCAUUAGAGGAUGGUGUUGAUGUUACAUUGCUGGACAAGUCUUCAUCUAAUGAUGACAAAAAGAGUAUACACUACAUGCAUGAAUCAUCAGACACCUCAAAUAUCUGUUUGAAUUCUCAAAAUGAUUUAAAAAGGAUGCAGAGUUUCACAUUUGAAACCCAGGUUGUUUCUCCUGAGUUCACCUUCUAUGAUGGUACAAAGUCAUCACUGGAUGAUUCGUCCUAUGGUGAAAAACUUCUCCGUGCAAAAUUGGAUUUGAGUUUCAUGUAUGCAUCGAAGGAAAAUGAUACCUGGAUUCGAGCCUUGGUGAAAGAUCUCACUGUUGAGGCCGGUUCUGGUCUUAUCAUUCUUGAUCCAGUGGAUAUUUCAGGGGGAUAUACUUCUAUUAAGGACAAAACAAAUAUGUCUCUGAUAUCGACCAAUAUAUGUAUCCAUCUUUCACUUAGUGCCAUUUCUGUCAUUCUUAAUCUGCAAAAUCAGGCAGCAGCAGCAUUACAAUUUGGAAAUGCAAUACCCCUUGCUCCCUGUACCAACUUUGAUCGACUAUGGGUGUCCCCAAAAGAAAAUGGUUCCCGUUACAAUCUUACCUUUUGGAGGCCCCAAGCUCCUUCAAACUAUGUCAUAUUGGGAGACUGUGUGACUUCAAGGCCAAUUCCUCCUUCACAGGCAGUAGUGGCAGUAAGUAAUACAUAUGGGCGUGUAAGGAAGCCUAUUGGUUUCAAUCUCAUUGGUUUGUUCUCUCGUAUUCAAGGAUUUGAUAGUGGUGAAUGCCAUUCUGAUCUUGAUAGUGAUUGUUCUCUUUGGAUGCCUGUUGCACCGCCUGGAUAUACAGCAUUGGGAUGUGUUGCUCAUAAAGGAAACCAACCUCCACCAAGUCAUGUUGUUUAUUGCAUCCGUUCUGACCUUGUUACAUCAUCAGUGUUUUCAGAAUGUAUACAUAGUGCCCCUUCAAAUUCUUGUAUGGUGAAUGGAUUUAGUAUCUGGCGUCUAGACAAUGUUGUUGGAACAUUUUUUGCCCAUUCUUCAACUGAAUGCCCUACCAAAGACAAAAGUUUUGACCUGAAUCAUCUACCUCUCUUGAACUCAAAUCGGCAUCAUUUUGCCUUGAAAGAAUCUGGCUCAGAUUUGACUGAUGAUCAUGACUAUGGAAGUGAACAAACAAAUAAUCUGAGUGCAAAUUCACCUGGUUGUGACAUUGUGAGGUCAAUUUCAAAAGCAAGUAAUUGUUAUACGUCCACUCCUAACUUUGAACGAAUCUGGUGGGACAAGGGUGGUGACCUCCGACAUCCUGUCUCAAUAUGGCGACCUAUUGUGCGUCCAGGUUAUGCCAUACUGGGUGAUUGCAUAACUGAAGGCUUAGAACCACCUGCCCUGGGCGUAAUAUUCAAGGCUGAUAAUCCCGAAAUAUCUGCAAAGCCUGUGCAGUUUACUAGAGUUGCCCGUAUCACGGGGAAAGGUUUUGAUGAAGUUUUCUUCUGGUACCCAAUUGCUCCUCCUGGUUAUGCUUCUCUAGGAUGCAUAGUCUCAAGAACAGAUGAAGCACCACGCCUAGAUUCAUUCUGCUGCCCGAGGAUGGAUCUUGUUAACCAAGCCAAUAUUCUUGAGGUUCCAAUCUCCAGAUCUUCAAGUUCAAAAGCAUCUCAGUGCUGGAGCAUUUGGAAAGUUGAAAAUCAGGCCUGCACUUUUCUUGCUCGUUCUGAUUUGAAACAUCCUUCAAAUCGAUUAGCUUACACUCUUGGUGAUUCCGUGAAGCCCAAGGCUCGGGAAAACAUAACUGCUGAAAUGAAGCUAAGAUGCUUCUCUUUGACAGUUCUUGACAGCUUAUGUGGAAUGAUGACACCACUCUUUGACACAACAAUCUCCAAUAUCAAGCUCGCAACACAUGGUCGACUAGAGGCAAUGAAUGCAGUACUGAUUUCCUCUAUUGCUGCAUCAGCCUUCAACACACAAUUAGAAGCUUGGGAGCCCCUUAUUGAAUCAUUUGAUGGAAUAUUCAAGUUUGAAACUUAUGAUACCAAUGUACACCAACCAUCAAAACUUGGGAAGACAUUACGUGUUGCUGCUACCAAUAUCCUGAAUAUAAAUGUCAGUGCUGCAAAUCUGGAGACUUUUAUAGGGAGCAUUCUUUCUUGGCGAAAGCAGUUAGGGCUUGAACAGAAAGCAGCCAAGCCAAAUGAGGAAGCUGGUUGUCAUCGUAUACGCGGAGAUGAUCCAACUUUUUCUGCGUUGGAUGAAGAUGACUUUCAGACUGUUAUUUUAGAGAAUAAACUUGGGUGUGAUAUUUAUCUGAAAAAAGUUGAGCAUUCGGAUACAGUUGACCAGCUACAUCAUGGUGACUGUACUUCUGUUUGGAUUCCACCUCCAAGGUUUUCAGACAGGUUAAAUGUUGCAGAUGAAUCAAGGGAAGAACGUUAUUAUGUAGCUAUCCAGAUUCUUGAAGCUAAGGGUUUACCAAUCAUUGAUGAUGGAAAUAGCCAUAAUUUUUUCUGUGCUUUGCGCCUUGUCGUUGAUAGUCAGGCAACAGAUCAACAAAAGCUUUUUCCUCAGAGCGCAAGGACGAAAUGUGUUAAACCUUUAGUUUCAAAACUCUACAACCUUGAUGCAGGCACUGCAAAGUGGAAUGAACUCUUCAUAUUUGAAGUUCCUCGGAAGGCCCCAGCUAAGUUGGAAGUGGAGGUUACAAACCUAGCGGCGAAAGCUGGAAAAGGUGAAGUUGUUGGGUCCAUUUCCUUUUCUGUGGGACAUGGUGCAAAUAUGUUGAAGAAGGUAACUUCAGUGAGGAUGUUGAAUCAACCACAUAAUGUUCAGAAUAUUAUAUCAUAUCCUCUAAGGAGAAGGCACAACGAUGUUGAAGACAUGCCUGACCAGGGUUGCCUACUGGUAUCUACUACUUAUUUUGAGAGGAAGACUGUUGCAAACUUAAAAAUAGAUGCAGAAGAUGAGAAUGUUACUGAUAGAGACAUAGGAUUUUGGGUUGGGCUUAGCCUGGAGGGCAUGUGGGAGAGUGUUCGGUCAUUGCUUCCAAUGUCAGUGGUCCCCAAAUCAUUCCAGAAUGAUUUUAUUGCAAUGGAAGUUCUCAUGAAAAAUGGCAAGAAGCACGUAAUUUUCAGGGGUCUUGCAACAGUUGUAAAUGAUACAGAUUUUAAAUUGGAUAUUUCAGUUUGUCAUGUGUCUUUGAUUCAUGGUCAUGGUCCCUCUGUGGUAGAAGAGGUUUUUGAAAAUCAACGUUAUCAUCCAAUUUCUGGUUGGAAUAACAAGUGGCCUGGCUUUCGCGGUGAUGAUCCAGGGCGUUGGAGCACCAGGGACUUCUCAUAUUUAUCGAAAGAUUUCUUUGAACCUCGCCUUCCCUCUGGAUGGAAAUGGACUUCAACUUGGACAACUGAUAAAUGUCAAUUUGUUGACAACGAUGGCUGGGCAUAUGGUCCUGACUUCAACAGUUUGAAAUGGCCACCAACAUCUUCAAAGUCUUGCACCAAGUCAGCUGUUGAUGUUGUGCGCCGACGGCGAUUAAUUCGUACAAGGCAAAAAUCUCCCGAGCAAGGGGUUAAUUCCAUGAAGAGUGUCUUUACUACCAUAAGUCCUGGUGCUUCUGAUGUUUUACCUUGGAGAAGUACAUCCAAGGAUUCUGAUCAGUGUUUAGAAGUUCGUCCUUGUGUAGAUCAUCCUGAGCCCCCAUAUUCAUGGGGUUGUCCAGUUGCCGUUGGUUCUGGCUCUGUGUAUGGAAAGGACGAGCCUUUCAUGGAUCAAGGUUCACUCUAUAGCCAAAAGCAGGAAACUAAGAUGCCCAGUUUUGCAUUCAAGUUGAAUCAGCUCGAGAAGAAGGAUAUAAUUUUGCGUUGUUCUAGCACUGGAAGCAGACAAUGUUGGCUUAGUAUAGGAGCAGAUGCCUCAAUUCUUCAUACUGAACUAAAUUCACCUGUUUAUGAUUGGAGAAUAUCUGUUAACUCUCCUUUGAAGUUGGAAAAUCGGCUUCCAUGUCCAGCUGAGUUCACAAUCUGGGAAAAAGCAAGUGAAGGAAGUUGCAUUGAACGACAGCAUGGUAUAAUCUCUUCACGGAGGAGUGCACAUAUUUAUUCAGCAGAUAUUCAGAAACCAAUUUACCUUACAUUGUUUGUUCAGGGUGGUUGGGUACUGGAGAAGGAUCCUAUUCUUAUUUUGGAUCUUUCUUCCAUAAACCAUGUCUCAUCUUUCUGGAUGGUUCACCAGCAAACUAAAAGGAGAUUGCGUGUGACCAUUGAACGUGACUUGGGAGGAACUGGUGCUGCUCCCAAAACCAUUAGGAUUUUUGUUCCGUAUUGGAUUAUUAAUGAUUCAUCUCUGCCUUUAGCAUAUCGAUUGGUGGAAGUGGAACCUUUGGAUAAAGCAGAUAUGGAUACCAUGAUACUUUCUAGAGCAGUAAAGUCUGCAAAAAUAGCCUUGAAACAUCCUAUGAACUCAAUGGACAGGAAACAUUCUGGCCCAAGGAGAAAUAUUCAAGUACUUGAAGUAAUUGAGGAUACUACUCCAGUUCCCAGCAUGCUUUCUCCACAAGACUAUGUGGGCAGAAGCGGGGUUAUAUCGUUUACUUCUAACAAAGAUUCGAAUCUGUCCUCAAGGGUUGGCAUUGCUGUUGCUAUUCGUAAUUCCGAAAUUUACAGUCCUGGGAUUUCUUUUCAUGAGCUGGAAAACAAGGAACGGGUUGAUGUCAAGGCAUAUAAUUCAGAUGGAUCUUACUACAAGCUUUCAGCACUGCUAAACCUGACCUCAGACAGAACAAAGGUUGUUCAUUUUCAGCCACACACCUUGUUCAUUAAUAGGAUUGGUUGCAGUCUCUGCCUGCAGCAGUGUGAUUCACAGUCGGUGGCAUGGAUUCAUCCCACUGAUCCUCCAAAACCCUUUGGGUGGCAGUCUUCUGCUAAAGUUGAACUGUUGAAGUUGCAGCUUGAUGGAUACAAAUGGAGUACACCAUUUAGUGUUUGUACAGAAGGUGUGAUGCGCACUUGCUUGAAGAAGCAUAUUGGAAAUGAUCUGAUGCAGUUAAGGGUAGAAGUAAGAAGUGGAGGAAAGAACUCACGCUAUGAAGUUAUUUUCCGCCCAAAUUCAUUAUCAAGUCCAUACAGGAUUGAAAAUCGUUCGAUGUUUUUACCCAUUCGCUUUCGGCAAGUGGAUGGUACCAUUGAUUCGUGGCAGUUUCUUCUACCUAACUCAGCUGCUUCUUUUCUGUGGGAAGAUCUUGGUAGAAGACGUUUGUUGGAGCUCCUGGUAGAUGGGACUGAUCCUUUGAAAUCAGAGAAGUAUGAUAUUGAUGAAACUUUUGAUCACCAACCAAUCCAUAUGGUGGGUGGACCUGCUAAAAAAGCUCUACGUGUUACAAUUCUAAAAGAGGAGAAGAUGAAUGUCAUUAAGAUCAGUGACUGGAUGCCAGAAAAUGAGCCUACAGGAAUCUCGAGUAGAAGGCAUUCAUCACUUUUAUCACAGCUUUCUGGAAAUGACUUUCAACAGCAACAAUUAGCAUCCAUCUCAGAUUGUGAAUUUCAUGUUAUUGUUGAGCUGGCUGAGCUUGGAAUAUCCAUUAUUGACCAUACACCUGAGGAAAUAUUAUACCUGUCGGUGCAGAAUCUUCUUCUGGCAUAUUCAACCGGCUUGGGAUCUGGAAUCAGUAGGUUCAAACUGAGAAUGCGUGGAAUACAAGUGGAUAACCAGUUGCCAUUGACUCCAAUGCCAGUUCUCUUCAGACCACAAAGAGUUGGGGAGGAGACUGAUUAUAUCUUGAAAUUUUCCUUGACAAUACAAUCAAAUGGAUCAUUAGAUCUCUGUGUCUAUCCAUAUAUUGGUGUCCAUGGACUUGAAAAUUCAGCCUUUUUAAUAAACAUUCCUGAACCCAUCAUUUGGCGCCUUCAUGAAAUGAUCCAGCAGGUCAACCUCAAAAGAUUGUAUGACACACAAACAACUGCUGUUUCAGUUGACCCAAUCGUUCAGAUUGGAGUUUUUAACAUCUCAGAAGUUCGAUUCAAAGUUUCAAUGGCAAUGUCACCAAGUCAACGACCAAGGGGUGUACUUGGGUUUUGGUCAUCCUUGAUGACGGCAUUGGGGAACACUGAGAAUAUGCCAGUCAGGAUAAAUCAAAGGUUCCAUGAGAACGUGUGCAUGCGGCAGAGUUCUAUGAUUAGUAUUGCUAUUUCAAACAUUCGGAAGGAUCUUUUGAGCCAACCUCUUCAACUGCUCUCUGGUGUCGACAUAUUGGGUAAUGCAAGUAGUGCACUUGGACAUAUGAGUAAAGGUGUGGCUGCCUUAUCAAUGGAUAAGAAGUUCAUUCAAAGCCGGCAAAGACAGGAAAACAAGGGCGUGGAGGACCUUGGUGAUGUUAUCAGAGAGGGUGGUGGAGCAUUAGCCAAAGGCCUGUUCAGAGGCGUUACUGGCAUAUUAACAAAGCCUCUUGAAGGUGCAAAAACUUCUGGUGUUGAGGGAUUUGUUCAGGGUGUUGGAAAAGGAAUAAUAGGUGCAGCUGCACAACCAGUGAGUGGAGUUUUGGAUCUAUUGUCAAAAACUACCGAAGGUGCCAAUGCUAUGAGAAUGAAGAUAGCGGCUGCUAUAACAUCUGAUGAACAACUCCUCCGCAGGAGACUGCCUCGUGUAAUUGGCGGUGAUAAUUUGCUUCGACCAUAUGAUGAGUAUAAAGCACAGGGACAGGUUAUAUUGCAGCUGGCAGAGUCUGGUUCAUUUUUUGGUCAGGUUGAUCUAUUUAAAGUACGAGGAAAGUUUGCCUUGUCAGAUGCUUAUGAAGAUCACUUUUUACUCCCAAAAGGGAAAAUCUUGGUUGUCACCCACCGUAGGGUUAUGUUGUUGCAACAACCCUCCAACGUCAUUGCUCAGAGGAAGUUCAGCCCGGCAAGGGAUCCAUGUUCAGUACUGUGGGAUGUACUGUGGGAUGACCUGGUGACGAUGGAAUUGACACAUGGAAAGAAAGACCAUCAAAAUCCUCCACCUUCACGGCUCAUUCUUUAUUUACACGCUAGAUCAACAGAGUCAAAAGAACAAGUUCGUGUUAUAAAAUGCAGCCCUGAAACCAAGCAGGCUCUUGAAGUUUACACUUCAAUUGAGCAAGCAAUGAACACUUACGGGUCCAACCUUUCAAAGGAAAUGCUAAAAAGGAAAGUGACAAAACCGUAUUCACCAAUUGCUGAUGGUUCCAGUACUGAAGUCGCUUGGAAAGAAGGCAUUUGCACCUGGUCUCCCCAACAGGUUCCUGGGUCAGUUCUGCUAAGUUCAACUUUCGGUAGCAGCACUGAUCAAAUUUAAAAGUCAGUGCCCUUGAGGAAAUAUCAUCCAUGGCUUUCUGCUCUCGUCUGGUCAUAAGAACCAACAAUUAUUGUAUUUUCCCGUACUGUUUGAAAGGUGCUAAAGAUUUGCUGAAGCCAAUUGCAUAGACCCUUGCCAAUGGCCUUUGUAGAGGUUCCAAAUAGAAUGGCUGCAAUACAUGUUACUGAUAUGUUUGUAGUGUACAGUAAGUACCUCCUGCAAUUGGUUCUCAGCGGCUUAGAAAAAUGUACAGCUUUUAAUAUCCUUUUAUAUUUGUAUAGCAUGUCUUGUAUAUGUGAGAUGUGAGAUUAGAGAAGGAAGCCAAUUAAUUGGCCUUUAGAAAAUUGGUUCAAGGCCCUUAAUUUACUGAUCAGCAAGGAAAUCCCAAUAGUUAUGCCUAUUUUGUUUUCAAAUAAUUUCCUUUUCAUUGAUCAAGAGCUGUAUUUCCCUUGCCUUAAACCUUUUGAGGCAUCCUCUUUCUAAGCUAAGAAGAAUACAUAUAUUUGCUCGAUUGUUCUCUACUUUCACACUCGCUGGGUUGAUUCGAGUAUAAUUCAUUUUCCUCUUCUAUAGAAAGGUUGUUAAGUGCCCUUUUUCUCAAUGUCCUGCUCUGUAAUGAUUGAUUACUCUUCCCCCUAGUUCUUGAUUUAUUUAGAAGGAUCAGCUUUUUCUUUUUCUUU